UAACCGACCUGGAACGAAAUUGACCGACUCUGAGCGUACCAACAUAACCCCCCUGUUGCUCCGUUUCAUGGGCUGCUCUUAGCACCCUCUUUGCUUCUUCUCUCUCUCUCUUUACCUCCAUUACCUUUGUUUUUUUUUCUUCCUUUCAAAACUUUCGCAAACAAAGGAAAUGGAGCAAUAUUAUGGCUGUUUAUGAAGGAGAAACGGGUUGAGUACAACGCAGAGGGAAUUUUACAAGAAAAGGAAAGUUCAAGAAUGUUAAAGGCUUUUUGUUACAUUGGAUUUAGCGGAGGAUUGUGAUAAGACUAGCAGAUUUAUUCUAGUAAUUUUUUUGUUUUCUUUGGGAACAUAAAUGUCUGAAUUGGUGGCUCGGACUGGUCGGCAUCAGCAGCGAUAUGAGGCUGGUUAUCGCCUAAUCGCCGGGUGUAUUCCACUUAGGUUCAGAAAUAUGGAAGAAAAUGGUGGUGAGACGGCUGGGAAGGUAGUUGAAGUACUGAUGAUAAACUCGACAAGUGGGCCUGGUCUUCUGUUCCCAAAGGGCGGUUGGGAAAAUGAUGAAUCUGUCGAGGAUGCAGCUAUUCGUGAAGCUAUAGAGGAAGCUGGAGUUCGAGGGGAUCUAGUGCACUUUCUGGGGUAUUACUUCUUUAAAAGCAAAACACUUCAAGACGAGUAUAGUCCAGAAGGAUUGUGUAGAGCUGCCAUGUUUGCGCUUUUGGUAAAGGAAGAGCUUGAAUGCUGGCCCGAACAGAGGCUUCGCAGAAGAAGUUGGCUGACAAUUCCAGAAGCAAUUCAAUGUUGCCGGCACCCAUGGAUGCGACAGGCUCUCGAGGAAGGAUUUUCGAAGUGGCAUGACAGUGGUAUGGCAAGCACAAUGAAUAAUGAGGACUAGUUACUCCAUCUUUGGACCAAAGCAGAAGUUUUUUUUCUUCUGUGAACUUCAUAUAGAGAAGACACCAAUCCUUAAAGCUGGAUGGUGUGUAAUGCCUCAAUUUCAUUUUAGGACUAGGAACUAAGAUAAUCCGCAAAUAGCUGUUUUAGAUGUUGAAACGUAUUUUAGUGAUUUCUCAUUGAUGAAUAGACUUGAAGGUGAAUUGGAGAGAACAAACAAGAAAUCCUCUUCAUUAUUUCCAACUAACUACAUUUGGUUCGAUAGCCUUGUUGUGGACUAAUCAAAUUAUUCAGUUUAACAAA